GCUAGAGCGAGUGAAUAGCGAACGUCUGCCCCCUAAGCGCAGGUAUUUUUGUCCGUGAGUGACUAGCCCGCGAAGAAAUUUCAUGCGUUCGAUCAGAGAAAUAAAGAAACCGCCAGCUCAAAGAAAGGCAAAAUGGCUGAUUCCGACUUGUUCAUGGAGUGUGAAGAGGAGGAAUUGGAGCCAUGGCAACAGAUACAUGAGAACGUGGAGGCUGAAAGGAUUGAGCCUUUUGAGAACAUCAACACUGUAAAGCAAGCAGUAAUGGGAAUGCCUGCAGUGCAGCCUGUGGUGACUCCAGCCCCGGCCCCAGUGGCAGCCUCUCAUGUGGUGCUGUCAGGCCAGGCCUUGUCUGGCAACAGCGGCAGCAGCAAGGACAGUGGGGUGCCACUGCAAUCUCUCCUCACCUCCUUGGGUUCCAUGCCCGUGCCAGUCUCGCUGCCCGCUGGUCUCAAGCCGGGCACGGGACAGCAACUGUUCUUCACUCAGGGGGCGGGGGGCCUCGGCACUGUGGCCCUCUCCCAGGUGUUGCUUCCUGGCCACGGCCACGGCACCACCACAGGCCAGCCUAUAUUCUUUACCACACAGGGUCUUCCCGUCCAAAAUUUAACGGCUGGACAGAAUCCCCUAGGGAUCGUCCUGAAUGUCCAACAGGGUCAAACUAUUAAACCCAUCACACUGGUGUCAGCUCCUGGAACGUCCAUUUUCAAACAGGCAGUUGGAGGUACCCAAAUUAUAAAUCAGCCAACUCAGCUUAAGACGGUCGCGCAGGUUGGAGCGGUGAAUUCUCCGGCUGCACCAACCCACACCACCACCUUCACCAGAGUCCAGAUCCCUGCCACCAUCACCAUCCGCAACACCACCCCAAUAAGCCAGCCUAAGCCUACUAUGGUGACUAGUUCCCUGCCCUCAACCUCCGUAAAGACGACAACCCUACCAACAAACAUGGCAAACACAAGCAGCCUGUUCACAGUGAAGUCAGAAGAGGGCAGCACUGACCAGCCAAAACUGGUGAGCCUGGUCAACCAACCUCAGCUCAUUCUGCUGCCGAGUCAGAAGACCAACGGUCUCCCCGCCAGCUCCGCCCCUGCCGCACAGCUCAAUGUCCAAGCAAAUAACAACGCAACCUCAGCAACAGGUCUUAAGAUAUGCCCACGCUGUGGAGCCCAGUUCAAGAUGAUAGAGGCUCUACGUGGACAUAUGUGUUUCUGCUGUCCAGAUCUGACCCAGGCCCCCACCACCAGUAAAGUGUCCCCUCUGACCCAGGCUCCCACCACCAGCAAAGUGUACGCUUCGGCCCAGGCUCCUACCACCAGCAAAGUGCCCCCUCUUCAGGCUCCAAUGGUCGCCAGAAGCAUAGCUCCGGCGCCUGUGGAAAAGCAGCCAGAAAAGCUUGUGAUGCUUGUGGAUGACUUCUACUAUGGGACAUUUGAGGGGAACCGCACCAAUGCAGCCCAGGACAACCUGGACAGCCCCAUGGUUUUCAAGUGCCUCACUUGUGGCAAGAAAUUGAGAAGCAACAUAAGGCUCAUGAACCACAUGAAACACCACGUGGAGCUAGAGCAGCAGAAUGGAGAGAUGGACACCCACACAUCCUGCCAGCAUUGUUACAGGCAGUUCCCCACGCCCUUCCGCCUACAGUGUCACUUGGAGAGCGUACACAGCUCGUACGAGUCCAGCACCAAGUGUAAAAUCUGUGAGUGGGCGUUUGAUACGGAGCCAGUCUUUCUUCAGCAUAUGAAGAACACACACAAGCCAGGGGAAAUGCCCUAUGUCUGCCAGGUGUGUCAGUACAGGUCAUCAUUCUACUCCGAUGUGUACAACCACUUUCGCACCUGGCAUGAAGACACACGUCACCUGCUGUGCCUUUACUGCCUGAAAGUCUUCAAGAAUUCCAAUUCCUACCAGCAGCACUUUUCCCGACAUCAGAAAUCUACUGUGUACCACUGCAACAAGUGCCGGCUACAGUUCCUCUUCACUAAAGAGAAGCUUGACCAUAAGGUGUGCCAUCACAAGACUUUCCGCAAGCCCCGGCAGUUGGAAGGAGUCUCGCCUGGUACUAAAGUGACUAUCAGAGCAUAUGCGCUAAAUAAAUCUCGAGGCGCUAGCUCUGGGCCAUCCCCAGGAGCGACACCAACGACUCAGCCCAAGCCCAGGCCAGAGCAGGCACUGCCACCGGCACCGGCACCGGCACCGGCACCGGUCCGCCUUCCCCAGCCCUGCGCACCCCCUCAGCCCACAAAGCCCAUGCAGAUCAUUCAGCAGCCCACAAAGUCCAUGCAGAUCAUUCAGCAGCCGACAAAGCCCAUGCAGAUCAUUCAACUGCCCUCAAAGCCCAUGCAGAUCAUUCAGCAGCCCAGACCCCACAGCGCUCCCAAGAAGACCAUCAGCAAGAUGAUCGAGUUACUUACCAAGUUCCAAGCGCAGAGGCCUCUCCAUGGCAGGCAGAAGUGCAUUGAGUGUAAUUAUGAGGUUCCUGACUUCUCCCACCACUUCCCCACGUACGUGCACUGCUCCCUGUGCAGGUACAGCACGUGCUGUUCCCGGGCCUAUGCCAACCACAUGAUCACCAACCAUGUUGCACGCAAGAACCCAAGACACAAAGGAUAUACGCUGCCACCUCCAAGCUUGUUAAGGAUGGUCUGUUCAGACUGCGAUCUCGUCACCUUCAAUGGUGACCUGAUGGCCAGGCACCUGGUGCGGAACCCUGGCCAUUCCUAUAGCACCUGCACUCCAAAAGUAUCCCCAAAAGUUGGUUUCAUUGAAAGUCGUGAGGGAUCAGACUUCCAGAGGAACAGAGUAUCUGGCUCUGUUUCAGAAUCUGUGGGGGAGUAUUCCAUGCUGGAGAGGAAUCCAGAUGAGGCAAUGGCUCCCUUGGAAGACUCUGAAUCCGACAUGGACCAGAUGGACGACCCGAUGUCUGCCGAGGAGCAUGAAGAGAGUAGCAGGAAUUCAGGACAAGAUGUCAGUCAGGAAGGUCACACACAAAUCACACACAUGCCUGAGAGCCCCGUGCUUGAGCCUCAGUGUGCUUCCAGAGAGCAGGAGCAGGAAGAGGAGGAGGCGGAGCUCCCGUCCACCAAGCAGCUCAAGACCCUCCUACUAGCGCUUUGCAGCGGGAUCAACAAGGCUUCCGAGAUUCAUGCCACCAAGCCAAAGCUCAUCGAAGCCUGGCUUAGGGAGAAAAAGACUCAGUUUGAGCACAUAUGCCAGGGAGAUGCCAUUGAUGGGGGUGAGGCUGGGGGUCCCGUUGAUCAGCUGGUCCAGUGGGUGCUUGCACAGCAAGAGCAGCAGCUCCCAGUCAGUGAAGAGAACCUCUUUCAGAAGGCCUCUGAGUUACACAGCAAUGCCAAUCAGAAGAGCACCUUUAGAGUGUCAUACGAGUGGGCAGUGCGAUUCAUGCUACAACACAGCCUGGGAGUCCAGGCCAUUGCAAAUGUGGGUCGUCCUCUUCCCAGUAGCAUGGAGGGCACUUCGCAACACUUUACUGAUUUUGUCCACCAGCAGAUCAAACAAAAUGGCCUGUGCCACUCUGUCAUUGGAGCUAUGGAUGAACUAUCCAUCUUUGUGGAUGUGGACUGUCUCCUUGACUCUGCCACUUUAGAAAAGAAGCCAACCUUCCAGUUUGUAGGCAGUGGCAAGGCUUUAAUUGACAUCCACUUGACCAUUCUUUCUGAUGGCACAGUCCUGCCUGCCCUGGUGUUUUUCAACGGCCAGUUGCCCUCCAGGCUACUCAGUGGGUUACCGAACUGUGUUCUGGUGGAGGGCAAAGUUGAGGGGUUCACCAAAGAAGAGGAGUUGAACAUCUGGAUUGAACGAGUUUGGCGAAAGCACCUCAGCGCUCGCGGCGAGAGCAAAGCUCUUUUGGUCAUGGAUGGACACCGCAAGCACAGGUCAGUCUCCAGCCUGGCCAACUUGAGCAACUGCAAUACCGUCCCAGCCACCAUUCCAACAGGAUGUAGCGCCAGACACCAGCCUCUGGAGAUGUGCCUCCGGCCAGUCCUGCAGAAGUUCCUCCUGGGGCGGUGGGCUCAGCUGGCUGAGAAGAGUGGUGUCGCUGGAGUGUCAGCCAGUGACGUGGUGCAGCUCCUAGUGGACUGGCUAGUGGAGGCUUUAACCAGCAUCUCUGACAGGCCGGAGGUCAUCCGACGCUCCUUCUGCUUAACAAAGGUGGUUGACCGGCAGGACGGAGGAGACGACGACGACGACCCAGUGCAUGCCCAGGCUGAGUUGAUCACUGCAGUGGAGGAAGCCAUGCUGCAGACCGCAGAGACCGAGCCAAAGACGUCUGAGGAGGACGUUUCUGGGGACACCGCAACAGGGGAGAUCGACAGAGAGCCGGUCGAAGAUGAGGGUCACGAGAGCCACCUAGAACGUUUGCCUGGACCUGAGACAGACAAGCAAAACAGAAGAGACGGACAGUGAAUCAGCAAACAAGGCUGAGUGAUGAAUCCAUUGGUCCACAUUCCACAAACCUUUGUCUUUUUCUGGUCUUGGUUCCUUCUUCUACCUCAAGUUUUACGAAAAAGGUCCAGAGUACCAUACAUUGAAACUGUAAGGUAUAUGACCUCUUUUUCCUGAAUAACAGGCUUAAGAUGAUGGCCUUGCCUGAUAAAGUGGAUUCUGUUUGUCUGGUGCUACCAGGUGUUACAAGAUUUUGUUUGAUGGCUGUGUCACUGUGCAGACUGCAAGUUGAAACCACCAUGUUUUGAGUUGCUAUCAAAGCGUGUAAAAAGCAUGUAAAAAUUCGGUGGAUGAUGAAAAGUGUAAAUAACAGUUAUUGUUUUUGUUUUGCUUUGAGCUUAUCAUGAAGUUAAAUUGGAUGACAUUACUGUUUGCAAUUUUAUUCUCUGCCCAGUGAUCCAUUAGCACUAAUUCCAAUCAUAACAUAUUACAAAUUAGAACAGUUUGUAUUUAUUGCUUUUCCUCUGAGAGUUUGUAUUAUUUUAAUAUCUUUUGACGAAAACGGCUAUCGAAAAGAGUAUAUUGAUGUGUCUGUGACAAUGGCAUUCCAUUGGUGCCCUCCACUUUUAUUUAUUUUCAUGAAGCAGUGAUCUGUACAGUGUAUACACAUUUUUGUUACACUGCAUUCUUCUAGAUACUGUUGCAAAAAAAUAAAUAAAUAAAAGUUU